CGAAUUAACUAUUAAAAUGAAUGGGCUUUAGAUAUCCAAUGUAAACUUAUUGGCUUUCAGUAAACUUAUUAUGCUUUCAAUUUAUCUAAUUUAAACGUUUGGGCCUAUGUUAACAAACGAAGCCCAAACGUCAAAAAGACAAAACCGUGGGAGCCGCAGAAACAUCACAUCAGAGAGACUCCACUCCAUUGUUGGACUCAGAUCUUCCAUGUCUAAUGCUCAAAAACCUCACAAUCUGGAUAAGAAGAGAAGAUAAGGGACACGCGUCAAAUAUCCAACACCCCUAAAACAUUGUCUGAGUUACUAAAACACACAAAACUCUUCUUCACUCUCUCUUUUACAUCUUUCCCGACAAUGGCUUCAGCUUCACCGACAGCUACUCUUCUCAAACCCAAUCCUCCUCCUCCGCCGCAUAAACCGACCGUCAUCACCGCCUCCGUAUCUCCUCCUCUUCGCCACACCCUCCUCCGCCGCGAUUUACUCUCAUUAACCGCCGCAUCAACGCUUAUUCUAACGCAGUCAAUUAUUCCGUUUGUAGCUCCGUCGCCAGCUUCUGCCGCCGAAGACGAAGAGUACGUGAAGGAUACGUCGGCGGUGAUCUCUAAAGUUCGAACGACGCUCUCGAUGGAGAGGACGGAUCCGAACGUGGCGGACACGGUGGCGGAGCUGAGAGAGGCGUCGAACUCGUGGGUGGCGAAGUACAGGAAAGAGAAAGCGCUGCUGGGGAAAGCGUCGUUCAGGGACAUGUACGCGGCGUUGAACGCAGUGUCGGGACAUUACGUGAGCUUUGGACCGACGGCUCCGAUACCGGCGAAGAGGAAGGCGAGGAUUCUUGAAGAGAUGGAGACUGCUGAGAAAGCUCUUUCAAGAGGAAGAUAAAAUUUACAGUAACACAGUUAUUCUUGUUGUUGAUAGAAUUUCAUUUUCACAAAAAUGCCUAUCGAAUUAUUUAUGAGAAGAUAAAUUUGAAUUUGCUCGA